UUCGUGCUGAAGGAGGUGCAGACGGAGACCAUCCUACGACCACCAGCUGAGGCCUUCACCCCGGCCGGACGCACCAAACCCCUCGCGCUGCCCUUCCAGACCACACACACCUACCAGAUCAUGCCCUAUGAGGAGGAGGGCAGGGGCGAAUGGGUCGACGUGGGCAGCGUGGACGAGGUGGGCCACCGAAAGCGGGUGUGCGUGGAGGGUCGAGACGUGCUCGUGCUCAACGUGGGUUCCGGCAAAGAUGACUAUUGUGCCCUCGACUCCGUUUGCUACCACUUUGGCGGACCCCUGUCGGAGGGCGACAUCGAGGAUAUCCAAGGUCGCCAGUGCAUCGUGUGUCCCUGGCACAAGUACUACAUCGACGUGCACACGGGCGAGGGCAUCUUGAAGAAAGGCCUCGACGGCCCGACCCACGAGGUGAAGGUCGAAGGCCGUCACGUCUUUGUGAAGCUCGACCAAGGCCGCGACGAGCUGGCGUCCGACCACUACGCCCACAUGGGUGCGUACCGCUUCGAGUGA